GCCGACGAUAACAUGCCAAGUUUACGCGUUGUCUCAUUCCUGAAAAUCUCCCACUCCCUCUUAGAUCUUACUCGGAUACACAGUCUUUGAUCUGUAUUCCUAUCUACUUGAUGUAUAGUUAUAUACACUCAGACAUACAAAUUACAGACGCAUGUUGAUUUGAAAUUCGAAAGCAAAAAAGGAUUCUAAAUCGACAUCAACAAUGUUGCGUCCCGGAGUAUCUACAGGAUUUUCAUCGAUCAUAUUACUUUUUUGCCUUCUCAGCGUUUCUGUGCACUGCAAAACCCUAAAAAGAGACGUGAAAGCUCUUAACGAAAUUAAAGCAUCUCUUGGAUGGAGAGUGGUGUAUGCAUGGGUUGGAGAUGAUCCAUGUGGAGAUGGUGAUUUACCAGCUUGGUCUGGUGUCACAUGCUCCACACAAGGUGAUUAUAGAGUAGUUACUGAACUGGAAGUAUAUGCAGUUUCAAUUGUGGGACCCUUUCCUACUGCAGUAACCAAUCUACUGGAUCUUACUAGACUGGAUCUUCACAACAAUAAGUUGACUGGUCCAAUCCCACCACAAAUCGGGCGUUUAAAGCGACUUAAAAUAAUUAAUCUGAGGUGGAAUAAGCUGCAGGAUGUCAUUCCUCCUGAAAUAGGUGAACUAAAGAAAUUAACACACCUCUACUUAAGUUUCAAUAGCUUUAAAGGGGAAAUACCAAGGGAGCUUGCUAAUCUUCCAGAACUGCAGCAUCUUCAUCUGCAUCAAAAUCGGUUAAUUGGGCGUAUUCCACCUGAAUUGGGGUCUUUACAAAAUCUUCGCCAUUUGGAUGUUGGUGAUAAUCAUUUGGUUGGAACUAUUAGGGAACUGAUACGUAUAGAUGGAUGUUUUCCAGCUCUUCGCAAUCUAUAUCUAAAUAACAACUAUCUGACUGGAGGUAUUCCAACUCAGCUUGAAAACUUGACCAAUCUGGAAAUUCUGCAUUUAUCUUACAACAAAAUGUCUGGGAUAGUUCCAUUUGGACCUGCUCAUAUUUCAAAAUUGACCUACUUGUAUCUGGAUCACAAUCAAUUUAGUGGAAGGAUUCCUGAUGCCUUCUACAAGCAUCCUUAUCUGAAAGAAUUGUACAUUGAAAGGAAAUGCAUUUAA